AUGAACCAGCAGUCCAAGCUGGGGGUGCGGCUCUUCCGCGUGUGUAGAGAACGGGCCCCAGAGGGCCCCAGGCGCAGGCUGAGCGUGCCAGCCCUCGUCCCGGGCACUGCGCGCCCAGGGUCUGUGUCUGUGAAUGGGGUGCCAGCCCACGGCCCACAGCCCACGGCCCCGCAGCCCACGGCCCCGCAGCCCACGGCCCCCCAGCCCACGGCCCCGCAGCCCACGGCCCCGCAGCCCACGGCUCCCCAGCCCACGGCCCCGCAGCCCACGGCCCCGCAGCCCACGGCUCCCCAGCCCACGGCCCCGCAGCCCACGGCUCCCCAGCCCACGGCUCCCCAGCCCACGGCCCCGCAGCCCACGGCUCCCCAGCCCACGGCCCGCAGCCCACGGCUCCCCAGCCCACGGCCCCGCAGCCCACGGCUCCCCAGCCCACGGCCCCGCAGCCCACGGCUCCCCAGCCCACGGCUCCCCAGCCCACGGCCCUGCAGCCCACGGCUCCCCAGCCCACGGCUCCCCAGCCCACGGCCCCCGCAGCCCACGGCCCCGCAGCCCAAGGCCCCGCAGCCCACGGCUCCCCAGCCCACGGCCCCGCAGCCCACGGCUCCCCAAGCCCACGGCCCCGCAGCCCACGGCUCCCCAGCCCACGGCUCCCCAGCCCACGGCCCUGCAGCCCACGGCCCCGCAGCCCACUGCUCCCCAGCCCACGGCCCCGCAGCCCACGGCUCCCCAGCCCACGGCCCCGCAGCCCAUGGCCCCCGCAGCCCGCCCCCAUCUGGCAUCCAGAGCCACGGCGCUGCCACUCCCAGCAGGCGGCUCCCUCAUCCCCAGGACGGGCCGGCCCGCCCCCCGCUCCCGCCCCUGCCGCCCCCGUCCACCGGCCCCAGCUGCCCUCCACCUCCACGGGCCUCGCCGAGACGCAGCCCUGGCUCAGGACGAGGCGGCUCCCCACACACUCGGCACCGGCUCGUGCUGGGGACGCGCCCGGGAGCUGCCAGCGGGGGCCUCUUACCUCCCAUCCCCGUGGUGGGAGCCACAGUGGGGAAACCGAGGCCUGGCCCCAGGCAGGACGCCGCAACCUCGGCCCAGGGCCUGGAGUCCCUGCCCUGUAGGGGUCAGGUGACCAGCUGUGUCCCCCCUGGGAAUUCACCAGAUGCCACGGGUUCUGAGCAAGUCCAGGACUCGAUACCGAUCUUGCCCCUGGUGCCGGAGGUCGGGACUCCACGGAGACCUGCAAACAAGGUGCUGCGCUGGGCCCGUGUGCGGGAGAUGCAGCCCCCACCCGGUUCUGUAUCAUUCUCCGGACAGCGAGACAGGCCUGCAGCGGAGCCGGGAGUGAGGUGGGUGCAGGGAGGGGGCUGGGGACUCGGCUCGGGAUGGCUCUUCUCACACCGGCCUGCUCCAGUCCACCCAGAGCCUGCCGCUUACUGGAGGUCCACAUGCUGCAGCCAGGAGGCCCGGGAAGAGCCCAAAGCCCCUCCCUAG